CCGCACCAACCCGUCCCGUGCACUCUGUGGGUUCAAUCUGCGUGCCUUCCGGACCUCACAACUUACGCACCCAUGACGGCUGGGGCCCCACCUCCACCGCCUCCACUUCCACCACCAUCCGCCUCCACACUUCUCAACAAGUACCAGCUGGGCCGCCUGUUGGGCCGAGGCAGUUUCGCCAAGGUUUAUUUGGCGCGAUCCAUCGCUGAAAACACUCCGGUGGCCAUCAAAAUAAUCGACAAGAGUAUCCUCUCGCUGGAUCCUUCCAUGGAGUCUCGCAUUACCUGCGAAGUCUCCGCCAUGCGCCGCCUUCACCACCACCCGAACAUCGUCAAAAUCCACGAGGUCAUGGCGACGAAAACCAAGAUCUACCUCGUCAUGGAACUCGCUUCCGGGGGCGAGCUCUUUUCUAAGGUCCUCCGUCGCGGACGAUUGAAGGAAUCUUCGGCGCGGAUGUACUUCCAGCAGCUCGUUUCGGCUCUCCACUUUUGCCAUCAGAACGGCGUUGCUCACCGCGACGUGAAACCGCAGAAUCUGUUGCUGGACCAGAACGGGAAUGUCAAGGUCUCGGACUUCGGUCUCUCGGCUUUGCCUGAGCAGCUCAAGAACGGAUUGCUCCACACGGCCUGCGGUACGCCGGCGUACACGGCGCCGGAGGUUGUAGCCCGGCGGGGAUACGCCGGGGCAAAAGCUGACGCGUGGUCUUGUGGAGUCAUCUUGUAUGUAUUACUUGCAGGAUCUUUGCCUUUCGAGGAUAACAACCUCGCUUUGAUGUACAAAAAGGUUCACCGGAGAGAAUACAAAAUGCCCGAUUGGAUAUCGAGGUCGGCGCGAUCGAUAAUCUAUCAAUUACUAGAUCCGAAUCCGAAUACAAGAAUGAGCAUAGAAGCCGUAAUGCAGAGUUCUUGGUUCAAGAAAUCACUACAACUGCCAAGCCAAGACGGCUUAAUGGAUCAAGCAACCAAGCCUAGUACUAAGCUAGAAAACAUUGUGACUAGCAUGAACGCCUUUGAUAUAAUAUCGUUGUCGUCGGGGCUCGAUUUGUCGGGCUUGUUCGAGGCGACUUGCAAUAACUGGAGAGGAAAGAGGUUCACGUCGAGGGAGUCAUUGGAGAGAGUGAUGGAGAGGGUGAAGGAGGUGGGAGGGAAAUUGGGUUAUAGAGUGAAGGAAGGGAAGGGUGGGGCUAUUGGGUUGGGGAAAGGGAGGGCAGUGGUGGCGGUGGAGGUCUUGGAGAUGGCUCCGUCACUGUUGUUGGUGGAGAUGAAGGUGGUUGGGGACGGUGGUGAGGAAUUUGAGGACAAACAGUGGUGGGAGUUAAAGCAGGGGCUUGAGGAUGUUGUUCUUUCAUGGCACAGCAAGGAAGCCAUUGUUGCUGCAAUUUGAAAUGUUUAACAUUGUUCUUGUAGUUGACUUUCUUCUUUGUGACUCUGAAAAGAGAAAAUCGUCCAUGUUAACUUGUACUGGUAUGAUUUGUGUUCUAGGGUGGUAGUGAAUUUUGCUGUUUUGAUCUUGUAAAUGAAAAUUCCCAACUAAGUUGAAUUAUGACUCCACCAAUUGUGUUUUCAA